AUGAGCAUGUUAGGCCUGAGAGACCUAGUUCUCAUAGCUCCAACCCCUUCCCUGCACCAAGGCCAACCCAUUUCAGAUAACCACACUCCCAACCUUCCUCUGCCUUCUUCAGCCGCUCUCAGUGUUGGCUUUGGCAUUUUUCCUCUCCUCACUGCCACACCCUGUGUGCCACACCCUCACCAAAACAAUGAGAUUCAAGAGUGUGGUGGUGGUGGUGGUGGCGGUGGCAACACCAACACUAACACCACCACCAACUAUUGGAACCUCAAGAUGUUCCCAGAAGUGAAUCCUCCAAAGAAGGGUGUGAUCAACAUGGAUGAUGAUGAUGACGACGACGAAGGGAGACACCGUCACCAUAAGGGUGUGAUGGAGAGUGAGGAAAACGGGAUUUAUGGACCUGACUUCAGAGUGUGUCAAGAUUGUGGCAAUAGGGCCAAAAAAGAUUGCAUCUUUAGAAGAUGCAGGACUUGUUGCAAGGGACGUGGAUAUGAUUGCAACACUCACGUGAAGAGCACGUGGAUCCCCUCAAUUCGCCGCCGGGAGCGGGAGAUGGCGGUGGUUUCCGCCGGUGGUGGUAGUAGUAGUAAGAGGCCAAGGGCUUUAGUGGGGUCAUCACAAAAUGCCACUGCCACUUCUCAUAGUUCCAACUCUAAUGCUACAACCUCCAAGAGCUUAGCUACAAUCUCUUCUCACCAAGAUGCUGGGUUCAAACAGUCUUUACCAGGUCAUGUUCGUGCACCUGCAGUGUUCAAGUGUCACAGAGUCUCUGCCAUUGGGAAUGGUGAAGAUGAGUUUGCAUACUUGGCCACGGUGCAGAUUAGUGGCCAUGUGUUCAAGGGGUUUCUCUAUGACCAUGGAGUUGAUGGGAAAUUUGCAAACUCAGUGCCCUGUGUUUCUGAACUGCAACUUGGAAACAAUUGCAUUGGGAAGAACAGGGAAUGUUCUUCUGCAAUUGGAGUUCCAAAUAACACUGCAUUCCCUGCUUCUGCCAGUUGA